GCCACUCCAAAAAUUGCCACAUUUUAUCUUCUCAUUGGUUGCAUUUUUCUAUUACCAACUUAAGUUCCUGUCCGGGUUGAUAAAAAAAGGAAGUUCCUGUCCUAAAUACCAUUUCGUUUUAUUUCUUCAGAUCUGUCUGUUAAUUCAUCAUGGCUUCACUUGAUUACUAGUUGUGUUCUGUCUGUGUGACAAUUUCGUUAAGAAAAAUAAAACAAGGGGCUGUAAUCGAUUCGAUUGAUUUGAAAAUAUGGCAACUUUGAACCCUUUUGAUCUGUUGGGUGACGACGCCGAGGAUCCGAGCCAGCUCGCCGUCGUCUCCAUCGCUGCCGAUAAGCCCAAAAAAUCUGCACCUGUUUCCGCCGUGUCUGCUAAGUCAUCUGCUCCGUCAAAGCAGCUUCCUCCUCCCCAAGCUGUGAGAGAGGUUAGGAGUGAUGCUCCACGUGGCAGUGAACGUGGUGGAGAGCGUGGAUUAAGCCGUGGUCGUGGUGGUGGUUACAACCGUGAUUUUAGAGGCGGUGAUGGUAACAACUGGGGAUACAGUAAGCCAUCUGAGGAAGGAGGCGUUUCAAAGCCAUUCUAUGAGAAACGUAGUGUACCUGGUGUAUAUGGUGGCGGUGGUGGUGCUCGUGGUGGUCGACGCGGUGAAACUGGUGAAGGUGAACGUCCUCCUCGAAGGACAUAUGAUCGUCGUAGUGGAACUGGCAGAGGGGGUGACUUCAAAAGGGAAGGAGCUGGUCGUGGAAACUGGGGAACACCGGGAGAAGAAGUUCUUGUUGUGAAGACUGAAGAAGUUGCUGGUGCAGAGACUGAGAAGCCUGCUGGUGAUGAGGUUGCUGCUGAUGCUAAGAAGGAGAACAAUGCUGAAGUGGAGGAGCAGAAAGAGCCUGAGGAUAAGGAGAUGACUCUGGAUGAGUAUGAGAAAAUACUUGAGGAGAAGAGAAAGGCUCUUCAGUCUCAGACCACAUCUGGGAGGAAAGUUGAUACUAAAGUGUUUGAAUCAAUGCAACAACUCUCAAACAAGAAGAAGUCUAACGAUGAAAUCUUCAUCAAGUUGGGUUCAGAUAAGGACAAACGCAAAGAUGACAAGGAAGAGAAGGCUAAGAAGGCUGUGAGCAUUAAUGAGUUUCUGAAACCAGCUGAGGGUGAGAACUACUACCGAGGAGGAGGUCGUGGUGGUCGUGGAAGGGGACGUGGUGGUCGUGACCGUGGAGGUGCUUCUGGUGGUGGAUAUGAUGGUUAUCGUAGUGAAGCUGCGCCCGCCAUUGGAGAUACGGCUCAGUUCCCAUCUCUUGGGGGCAAGUAAGAACCAUCCAUGGAAACUCCUGCUGCCUCCUUCAGUUUUCUUCAAGACUGAAGUAUUCCACGCGAAGGGUUUGGCGGUCUGUUGUUUUCAGGUGUAAUUGUUAGUUUAUGUCCGUUUUUAGAGUUUCUGCUGUUGUUAAAAAAAAAAAGAGUUUCUGCAAACUUAUGCCUGACCGGUCUUUUUUUUUUUAACUUUUGAAACAAUAAUACCCUUUUUUUUAUGGUUUAGGAUUUAAGUCUUUAUAGUUGUUUGUUGUUUACUUAUUUAUGAAAAGACAGACAAGUUCUAAUGA